AUGCGUCGCUCAGUCUUACGAGCGGUUGAGUCCGCCAAACCGCUUACCCGAGUGCCGCGUUCGGUCUCCAGAGGCUUCAGCACCGUCAUCGAGUCGGAUUCAAAGGAUCCGGCCGAACUAGAUCAAAUAUCUACGCUUCCAAAUGGCAUACGCGUCGCCACCGAAUCCCUCCCCGGCCCCUUCGCCGGCGUCGGAGUUUACAUUGAUGCUGGGUCUCGCUAUGAGGAUGCAAGCCUGCGAGGUGUGAGCCAUAUCAUGGAUCGUUUGGCUUUCAAAUCUACCAAGCACCAUACCGCAGAUGAAAUGAUCGAGACACUCGAGGGUCUCGGGGGAAAUAUUCAAUGUGCCUCUUCCCGGGAGUCUCUGAUGUAUCAGUCUGCCAGCUUCAACUCGGCCGUUCCGACAACCCUCGGCCUGCUGGCGGAAACCAUCCGUGAUCCUCUUAUUACCGAAGAAGAGGUCCUUCAGCAGCUGGCUACCGCCGAAUAUGAGAUUAACGAGAUUUGGGCGAAGCCCGAGCUCAUCCUGCCGGAGUUGGUUCAUUCGGCAGCUUACAAGGACAACACACUGGGCAACCCGCUUCUCUGCCCACGCGAACGGCUGAUGGAGAUUAACAAGUCAGUCGUGGAGAAAUAUAGGGAAACCUUUAUCCGCCCGGACCGGAUGGUUGUUGCGUUUGCGGGUGUACCGCAUCACGAGGCUGUGAAACUUACAGAGAAGCUAUUUGGGGAUAUGCGGGCCCCCAACUUGAGUGAUGGCCCUACCAUUUCUGGCUCUGGUGUUGAUACCACUCUCUCACCUGGUAAAGAAGGACAGCUGCCGACAGUUCCUCAGUUUACUCCGACGUCGACAGCCUCAUCCGUCCCACCCGCACCUACAUCCAACUCAGGCCUCCUCUCAAAGCUACCGUUUCUCAAAGGUUUCGGAUCGAAAGAUGACUUCUCAGCCGCCGGUGGUCUCGAGUUGACCCGGCCUUCUCACUAUACUGGCGGAUUCCUCACACUCCCUCCCAUUCCUCCGCCAGCCAACCCUAUGCUACCCCGGUUGAGUUAUAUUCACCUCGCCUUUGAGGCUCUCCCAAUCUCAGACCCCGACAUCUACGCUCUCGCGACCUUGCAGACCCUCCUUGGAGGAGGUGGGUCAUUCUCCGCUGGAGGUCCAGGAAAGGGCAUGUACUCGCGCCUAUACACCAACGUUCUCAACCAGCACGGUUGGGUCGAGAGCUGCAUUGCUUUCAACCACGGCUACACAGACAGCGGCAUUUUCGGUAUCUCUGCCUCAUGCAGUCCCACUCGAACAAACCAGAUGCUUGAAGUCAUGUGCCGGGAACUUCAAGCUCUGACCCUUGACACCGGGUACACAGCUCUCCAGCCACAGGAGGUCAACCGUGCAAAGAACCAGCUUCGUUCAUCACUCCUCAUGAAUCUCGAAUCUCGCAUGGUCGAGCUUGAGGAUCUCGGCCGUCAGGUCCAGGUUCACGGACGUAAGAUCGGAGUGAAGGAGAUGUGCAAGCAUAUUGAAUCUCUCACUGUUGAAGACCUGCGACGCGUGGCGCGGAAGGUCUUUGGCGGCCAGGUCCAGAACAAGGGACAGGGCACCGGAAAGCCUACCGUUGUACUGCAGGAGGGUGAGCUUGAGGGCUAUCAACUGCGCCCAUUUCCUUGGGACGAGAUCCAGGACCGGAUAUCAAGGUGGCAGCUCGGAAGGAGGUAA